AUGAUUUGCUUCGUGCAGCAACGGAGGAUGAUGGAUCGAAGAUCUUGCUGUAUUACCGGCCCUACCAGCAGUGCAUCGUUCAACGGCAAUCCGGUAGACGUUUUACAAGAUGCGUCGAACACCACCUGGCCUCCUUCACCACCGGAUGAUGUGUUCUCCUUCGACCUUCCGCAUGUGCAACUCUUUGCCGCCGCUAUACUGGCAGUGACGCGGAGACCUCGGUUGCGCUAUGACGAAGCCGAUUGGAAGAGUUACGGUGCAACCUUCCAGUCGCUCCUUCAACAACGUAACCCUGACAGCAUCGAGAGUCUCACUGAAGCAAUAAACGCAGCUGCGUCAGCAACCAUCCCGAAAAUCAGCAGCAUUCCGGGGCGUAAAGCCCUCAGAUGGUGGAACGAGGAAACGAAGAAGGCAGUUAAGGCCCGGCGAAAAGCCCUUCGACGAGUCAAACGGCUUCCCAUAGAUGAUCCGGAUAUGGAAAACGCACUCUGUAUCUAUCGAGAACGGCACAACCAGUGUCGCCAAUUGUGUUCGGCGGAGCUCUGGGGUAAGGUCAACGCCCUCAGUGACAAGCGCCGUACGGCCACACUGCAUAUACAGGUAGACGGCGCUGCAGUCUCCGACUCCGGAAUCGUUGCAGAUAAGCUUGGUGACUAUUUCGCUGACCUCUCUGCGAUUUCCAAGUACGAGGCGACCUUUCAACGGCUAGCAAACCCAUCGAAUUCGUCCGUAAGCAGUUUUCGAGUUUCUCCGGACAGGAACAACCUGAGGAUCAACCACGAUUUCACCUGGCAGGAGCUUCAGUUCGCGCUUAGUAGAAGCAACGGGAAAUCAGCCGGCCCAGACGAGAUCGGCUACCCGCUGCUCAAGAACCUGCCUAUCCCGGGUAAAGUAAAAAUGCUGGAACUCUUCAACCAGCUUGGGCAGACAGACUCGUAUCCAGAGCAUUGGAGGGAGAGCUUGAUUGUGCCCAUCCCCAAAGCAAACGAGCCGACACGGGACGUGGCGAAGCUCCGACCCAUUGCGUUCACCUGCUGCAUGGCAAAGGUGUUCGAGCGGAUGGUCAACCGACGACUGAAGCAGUUUCUCGAGUCUGGCGGCUUUCUAGACCAUUGCCAACACGCAUUCCGGCAAGGCCACGGUACAUCCACGUAUUUUGCGACGCUAGGAGCGCUCCUCAAGGAUGCUAAGGAUAAUCGUCUCCAUACGGAGUUGGUUUCCCUGGACAUUGCGAAAACUUUCAACCCUACAUGGAUGCCCGCGGUACUGAAGCAACUCGUCAGCUGGGGCCUUAGCGGCCAUAUCAUCCAUUUCGUCUAA